AUGACUGAUACGAUGCCGGCGCCGGCGUCGUCUGUCGCAGCGAGCGACGAAAAAUCGCAUUCAUUAUACCAUGAAGAGCAAAUACAUGCUAAUGAAGACCCUGAGGAGUACCGCGGCCCAAAAGGCGUGUUCCGCCGCUUGGGCAAUAAGCGCGCAUGGCGGAGAUUCGCCGUGGUGGAGUGGACCAGCAUCGACCCGGUGCCGGAGGAGGAGCAGGUCCAGCGCAGUUUCUUGUCGGUCGCAUUUAUUUGGUUCAGUGCGAAUGUGAAUGUCCUGAGCUUCUCGACCGGCACACUCGCGCCGACGCUCGGCAUGGGCCUGCGCACGUCGCUCUAUGUAAUCUUGGGCUUUGUCGUGCCGUGCAGCCUUGUUCCUGCGUACUUUAUCACCUUUGGCCAGAACCUCGGCAUGCGCCAGAUGGUGCACUGCCGCUAUUCGUUCGGCUACUUUGGUGCAAGUAUUGUGGCGCUCGUCAAUGCCAUGACCGGCUUUGGCUACACGAUUCUGAAUGCCAUUCUCGCAGGCGAGACGCUCCAGGCAGUCUCGCCACACCAGUCGCUCUCUGCCACGGUCGGUAUCGUGAUUAUUGUGGUGAUUGCGCUGUGCAUCUCGUUCUGUGGCAUCCGUGUGAUCCACUGGAUUGAGCGCUUCUUUUGGCUACCUGUGCUGAUCAGCUUUGCGGUGAUGAUCGGCGAGGCGGGCACCGGCCCAGGCGGCCUGCAUACACUUCCUUCUGAGCCCGCGCCGGGAUCGCGCGUGAUUCUGUCCAUGGGCUGCGUCCUGGCCGGCUUCCAGAUGUCGUGGUCGGCUUCGGCGUCCGACAUGAGCCUCUACCUGAACCGCCGCGUCAAGUCGUGGAAGCUGUUUGUUGCCACAUUCCUUGCCUUUGCAUUGUCCUCGACGUCCAUCCUGAUGCUCGGCGCGUCGUUUGCCGCAUCCGCCCAAACGAUUCCCGCCUGGAGCGAUGCACUGACCCAAAACCCGUCGCCCGGCCCGCUCGUGAACCUCGUUUUGUCGACGAGGCUCGGCAACUUUGGCAAGUUCCUCACGGUGCUGAUCGCCCUCUCGGCGGUCGGCAACAUGAUGGCCACGCUCUACUCUCUGGGACUGUGCUGCCAAACCAUGUUUCCACCACUCACGGCCCUGCCUCGCUUUGUCAUUCCUAUUGUCGCCGUCGCGAUCAUUUUGCCACUGGCCAUUGUCGGGAAAGACAGCUUCUACGAUACACUCACAAACUUUGUCAGCAUGAUCGCCUACUGGACUGCUCUCUACGUCGGCGUCGUCACGGCCGACCACGUCAUUAUCCGACGCACCCGUUUUUCCAGCUACGACCCCGCAAUUUGGAACCAAUGGCGCCUCCUGCCGCCCGGCGCGGCCGCCCUCGGCGCCUCGAUUCUGUCGCUGGGCCUCGUUAUUCCUCUCAUGGACCAGACCUGGUACACGGGGCCCCUCGCGAAAAACGUCGGCGACCUCGGAUUCGAGGUCGGCCUCGUUCUCAGCUUCCUCCUCUACCUUCUCCUCCGGCCGCUCGAAAAGCGCGUCGCCGGCCGCUAG